GUUCUCUGUUAUGUUUUGAUGUCUGAUGAAAUUACCAUUUAGCAUCGCCAGUAUCGAGUAUACUUUAUGAAAUGCCUCCAGUCUUCUAUCAAUUUGAAAACGGAGCAUUCAGAUACAUUUAAUGUUUUGAAUAAAUAAUCUUAAUCUAGGAAAUAAAAGUAGGUAGGCGCAAAAUCCGCUCAACCUCAACUUUGGACUUGUCACUUAUACUAUAGGCCUACUUAUAAAUAAUAAAAUAAUAAUAUGACUUGGACUUGACUUACGUUUCUCAGUCUGAAGUCUUGAGUUCAAUACUUAACUUACUAAUAAUAAUCAUAACGUAUAGUAAUCAUAUUAAUAUUAACUACUAUUAAUUUAAAUUACAGUUACAGUCAUUAUUCUUAAUCUUAUUUAACUAAUUUAAGUAGCCUAACUUCAUUUUCAUUAGAUUUAGAUCAACUUCAAAUGUAAUAAAUAUAAAUAAACUUAACAACUUAUUACAUAAGUAUAAGUAAUUUGUCACAUUAGCCCAGCAUAAGGCCUGAUUAAUGAUAAUGAAUACUUUUAAUAUUGUAAUGUAAUUUUGUCAUUGAUUUAAAAAAAAAAAUUCUUCACUUAAACUUAAGCCAACUUUGGCUUUAAGUUUAAUUAUAAAAAAAUGUUUUUUUUUAUAUAAGUUUAAAUUAUAAACAUCAGUAUAGUAUUUUAGUAUGAUGAUGCCUGGAUUAAUAAAUUAUUAAAUUAACGCUUAGGUAAAAGGAAAUUAGCAAAACAAUGUAUAGGAAAACCUGAAAAAAGGACCAAAAGAAAAAAAAACACAACCAAAAACGAACAUGUCAGCAAGAAGCCCUCUUCAGCAAACGAACAUAAAUAAAAACAAUAUAAAAUAUAAAUGUUAGCUGCAAUGUAGUGUCCAGAUACUACAUUGCUGUCAUGUUCAUUAUUUUGUUGCAUUUGAUUUUUUAAUCUUUAAAUUCUAAAUGAUUUAUAAUUUAUAUAGCAAUUUAGUGCAUAUUAUUUAUCUCUGUAUAUCUUUUGGCUAGACAUUUCAAGAUGAAUCGAAGAAACAGAGAUGAUACAGAAGUAAAAAUUCAUGGCUAUUCAGAUAACCUUAGAAGUGAAGAAGAAGGCAACCAUUUACAGUCCAUACCAAAUGGUGGAAUUGACGGUUUAGACUCAGAAGAAAUCAAGUCUCGGCAUCAUUAUCCCUUUAUUAGAUUCAGCACAUUAUUUAGAGGAUUUGUGCUGGUUGAUGCUUUGGUUGCAGUGGUUCUAUGGUUAACAGGUAGAAACAUCCUUUGUUUUGUGUUAAUAGUUGUAGAGUUCAAAAAGGUAUCAUUAAAUUUUAUAUAAUUGAUGAAAUUCUAUAAUUUGAUUUUACAUAAGCAACUGUUAUACUUCAAACAAAUCAGCCACUUACUCUUAUGAAUAAUAUUUAAAAAGGAAAAACAAAAAUCUAAAGAUGUGGAGGCUAUGCCCAUAAAUUACAUCAACCAAAAUGAAGAGGUGAGACAAUUCUUUAAUACCAGGUUCUGGAUGGGGGGUGGGGGUUGCGGUAAAACUAAGUUGAAGUCAACAAUGCAAUUUUUCUCUAGUACUUUUUAAAACAUAAAAGAUGGAAAAUAAAUAAUAAAGUACUUUUAAAUUUUAAUGGCUAAAUAUUCUUAAUAUCAUAACAAUGGUCUGAUCAGAACUGACAAUAUGUUUUUAGCCAAAAAAAUUACCACCUCUCCUCAACAAUGAGGACAAUAUGAGAGUCUUUCAAAGACAGAAAGAGCUGAUGGUAAUUAUUGUAUAAAGAGAAAAUGCUAAUUUUAUUAAGCCCUGAAACGGAAGGGAUAGACCAGGAUGAUUUCAGUCUACAAGAUGAUGGCAAUGAUAAAUCAGCUUGGCUUAUCAAUAAUAAAAUGUUAUCAGCUAGAUAAAGCUUUCAAUGAAUUUUCUCUAAGGGUUAUAAAAAAAUUGUCAACAUAAUUGUUAAUCGAGGAGUCCUUGAAAGUGUGACAGUUGUUAACAAAGGGGAGUGAAGGGGUAAAAAAAAAAAAUUGCCCAAAAGCUGUAGAGAUAAUUUAUGGAUAGCUUUUGAACCAAAAUAUUGUCGAAAAAGAAGUAUUAACAUUUUUAAAAAAUCUGAAUAUAUUAUUCCAUUUAUCUAUUUAAAACUGAAGAAAUUUAAUUGUAAUUGAAAGGACGGAAUAUGAAGAAUUUAAAUUGAAACAAAAAAAAUAAUAAAAAUCAUUCAUAUAUUAAAUUUUUAUUUUUCAGGUGGUGACUCCAAGUAUUUUAUAGACAACAUUAAACAUUUUAAACUUUCUGAAUCAGUUUUCGAUCUUGCUUUGCUUUCCAUGUUGAAAAUUCCAGUUUAUUUUUGUAUGGUUCGCCGUUUGGAAAUGACAGCCAUAAAAUUCUUAGAUGUUUCCUACAAUCCAGUGUUGCGAAGUAAAUUUCUGUCAAACAUCGCCAUGCUGAGUUCAGUUUCUUUUCUGAUAUUUGUGUUCGUUGUUAUCAAAGCCAGUCUUAUUUUGGAGAAAAUUGUGACACAUGAUCAAAAUUUCUUUGGAAUGCACCCAACCUUUUAUGCUUGUGUGAUAUGGUGCCUUGUGUCAAGUUUAUUGAUUUUCAUCCUCUCUGUUGUGUCUAAAUUUGGUUUGAGAAAGUUACAAAGGCAGCGGGUCAUAAAAUUCUACAAUCGUCAUGGGAAGGAGGUAGACAAGGAUGGAAAACCACUUCCGAGAAAAACAAACCUCGUCAGAUUAAUGGGAUUAGCCAAACCAGUAAGGAAUUAAAAUGCUUGUUGUUUUCAAAUAAAUUCAGUUUAUUCAGACAAAAAUGUUGAUGUUUUAAAUGAGAAAAUAAAUGCGAGUACUCCUUGGGUUUGCUAACAUUGUAGUUUAACGGUCUUUUAACUUGCCCGUCUCCCUGGUGUUAAAAAUACUACUUUCCGGUAUAUCUUUCAGGAAGCUGGCUUGAUAUCUAUUGGAAUGGUAUCAUUACUACUUUCAACUGCCGUACAAACAAUAGCACCUUUGUUCUUUGGGAAAGUAGUUGAUGCUGCUCUGGAUAGCAUGGGUAAUUAUAGAUCAAUAUUGGGUUAAAGACCUUUAAAAAAUGUUUGUAUGAAAUAUGUUCUUGCACACAUUUCUGUAAGUCUGUCUUGUGUCGGACAAGUCAAGCAAAAGAGAAGUAGCUUGAUAUAUUAUAGAUAAUUGUUAAAAUUUUGAUCAUGCGUAAUUUCCCUGAUACAAUUUUUUAAUGUUAAGUUAGAAAAGAUAUUGUGAAAAUGAAACUGAAAAUGCAUUAUGUUAUCAUUGAAUGGGCUCAAUUUUUAAAAAUAAUUGUGUAAAAUGUUGUUAUUUUUUGUUUUUCACAGAGAGUUUGAACAGGACGGUUUUGAUAUUACUACUGAUAUAUUUGGCUGGUUCAGUCUUCAGUUUGGUCAGGGCAUGGAUAUUCACUCUGGCUGGUCAGCGACUGGUGGCAAGACUGCGUUCUCAGCUUUUCGGAUCUGUGAUUGUCCAAGAAAUAGCUUUUUUUGAUGUUAAUCGGUAAGCCUGUAGUCUUGCCUUUAUUUUUUAUUAAACCAACUGUCACUUUUAUGUGUUAUAUGAUUAAAUUGUUCUCCAUAAUACUAAAAUACUCUGGGAUUUAUUCAGUCCACUUGAGAGAGCCUUUGUUGAGCCUUUUGAUGAACAUGCUUAUGAAUUGCUUUUAUUUUUAUUUGAAAUUUUUACUCUCCAUUACUUUCUCAGCUGUAACUCUGAUCAGUCUUUGAGAAUGUUAGCAGUAACUUCAUAGCUUUUUCCCCUUGAAGAAUAACUUCUUGAUGUCAUGGUGGUUGCUAUUCUCUUAUGUUAUAUAAUAGAAAUAUUAUAAAUAAAUAUUUAUGUGAAAGAAUAAUUAAAGUCAACAGCAGCUACAGUGAUUUUGAAUGUUUGUGUUUGAUGUAUCAGCACAGGGGAGUUGUGCAAUCGUCUUUCAUCAGACACAACAGUUCUUCAGAAUGCUGUUACGGUAAGUCCUUUUUGUUGUGGAAUCUCACAAUAUUUGUUUUUUUUAGACAAUCACCUUAUCUGAAUGGUGCAACAGCAAGACUGUUUUGUUAGGAGUAGGACAUACAAGGUGCACAAGACAGGACAUGCAAGGUACACAAGACAGGACAUACAAGGUACACAAUAUAGAACAUAUAAGGUACACAAGACAGGACAUGCAAGGUACACAAGACAGGACAUACAAGGUACACAAUAUAGAACAUAUAAGGUACACAAGACAGGACAUGCAUUGCAAGGUACCGUAUACAAGACAGGACAAGGUGUUGCUAAUAGCAUGGUGCCAACUGCGGGGUAAAUAUUAGCUACUUGGAACUUCUGGCAAAGUCACUUGAGUUCGAUGACAUCUCAAAUCAGCAUUUCAAAGCAGUUCAUCAUCCUUAGCGGGAAACAAUGACCCAAAAAGAUAAUAACAAUGUGAGUUUAAGAAAAUAUCAAGACAACAUGAGAAAACUUUGAUUGUAGACACAGGCAAUAGCAUGCAUCUCUAUGUGUAACCUCCAAUAAAAUCUUCAUAGGCACACAAAAGGUACACAAGAUAGGACAUACUAGGUAUACAAGACCAUCAUGAUUUCAAUCAUCUUCUAGCAACACAGAGAAUUAAUGAGAAAUAAAAAUGUGCUUCUAAGAGAAAUGAUUUGAUGGACACAAAAUUCAUUACAAGGAAUAAAUUCAGUUUUGUUGUGUCAGAUCUAUUCAUUUAUUUCAUUCAUUGAUUUGAGGUGCAAUAUAAUAUGAUUUAUAAUUUUAGUUAGGUACAUUUAUGUGAAUGCUAUUUGGUAGCUAUAUAAAAAAUACUUAUUUCAGUGUUUUCUGUCACAAUUUAAACAAUGUGAAAUGUGAUUUUUGAAUUCCUGCAUCGCAAUAUAACAAUGGUGCUGUUUCUUUUCAGGUCAACUUGUCCAUGUUGUUCCGUUACCUACUUCAGAUCAUUGGCUCCUUGGCUCUCAUGUUCUUCCUGAAUGCAUCGCUAACAGGGGUUCUCCUGGCCAUUGUACCUGUUGUUUCAUUAAGCGCAAUGCAGUAUGGUGAGAUUUUUAAUAAAUCUUUUCCCUUAGAAUGAACUUUGUCAAUUUUAAAAGUCCUGCAUAUCUUGUAUGAAAAUCCCCACCUAGUGUAUGGGGCUUGACAAUGAUUAAUUUCAAUGUUUGAUCUUAAGACAAGAUGUACAGUUGACUCGUAUUUUCUUGAGGAGUAACACAACACAUUUCUUGAUACAAACUGAAAACCAAAACAUUCACAUUCAUACAGUUGGAGGGCUCUGGUGCAUUGCAGAAUUCUUUGAGACCGUUGAGAUCUGACACUGGGGCACAUCACUUGCAUUUUAAAACAGUUUGCAACAUAACUCUAAAUGUACAUCUUCGGGCUCUUGUGAUCUGAAAUUAAAUUUUAACAUUUUUUAAACGUAUAAAAUGUUUGCUUACCUCGUCUCACGGCGAUGCAAACUUUGAGAAAUCAUUCCCUGCGCUUAAAAUUUAUCAAAUAAUAGUAGAAGCUGACUGACAGGUACCAGUACAUCUAUUUUACAGUGUAAAAUUAGCUCCAACCCUGUCGGUUAGUGAUUCAUAAUCAAUCAAAAUAAAAUAAAAAAGGGCAACGAUUGCUGUAUGCAAAAAAAAAAAGCCCCAGAAAAUUUCUUGACAGCAUGAAAAUUAAAUUGUGACUGGUGAUGAAAGUUAUUUCCUUUAAUUUUUGUGUGUACCUGUCAGGGCUUUUAUUUUUAUGCAUGGAUUUUGGAAGUCUUUUAAUAAGGAGCUGACUCCAUAAGUUUGGCAUGUUGUAUCAUCGUCUUGUAUGAAUUAAGUUUAAGGGGUAAACAACAAAGUUCAAGUGUCAUUCCACAUGUAAAUUAAUUUUAUCUACCCCCAUUGCACAUUUCAGGUAAAUUUGUUCGUAAAAUGCGGAAGCUGUUCCAGGACAGAUUGGCUGAUGCAGGAACACAAGCUGAAGAAUCCCUGUCUUCUGUAAGAACUGUCAAGUCUUUCUCAGGGGAAGCCAAAGCUACGACCGUCUAUAGUGGUUUCAUUAAUGAGAGCUAUAAGAUUGGGAAAAAACUGGCCCUUGCCCAGGGUAAAUGAAUAUACUUUACAGUUGUUGAAGAUUAUAAUUAAGAAUCCACAGUUUUUUUAAACAAUGAGUUACGGUAAAUAGUAAGCAACAACAAAAAUAAAAAUCAUAAAAAAUUAGCAAGCACAUGUGUUUUUGUAACACCCAAGAAGGAUAGAGUACUCCCUUUUGAAUUAAGACGCAAAUAAAGUUUAGUUGAGUAAUGGUAUCUUUUAAGCCAAAGUCUGUUAUAUAUUUUGAAAAUUUGCGGGUGAAAGUUUUGUAAUAAUUUAAAAAAACCCACAUAACAUGAUAGUUAAACUUGAAAUAGUUUUUGAAUAAAUUACUGUGCUAAUAGACAUUUCUUUUGUCCUAAGGGCACUGUAAAUGAUAUUUCUUUUGUCCUAAGGGCACUGUAUUAGAUAUUUCUUUUGUCCUAAGGGCACUGUAAUAGAUAUUUCUUUUGUCCUAAGAGCACUAUAAUAGAUAUUUCUUUUGUCCUAAGGGCACUGUAAUAGAUUUUUCAUUUGUCCUAAGGGCAGUGGCAGUUCAGCUCUUAUGUUGUGACAGUCUAAAUAAAAAAUGUGAAUGUUAUUUAAGCUUUAACUUUUUUUUAACCAUUGACAUCUCCCUCACUUAGGCAUAAUGGAUGGUCUGUUUAGUUUCCUGGCCUAUGGAGCCAUAUCUGCAGUUUUGUGGUAUGGAGGGAAACUGGUCUAUGAGAAUUCUAGAGACCCCACCACAGGCAUCACUGCAGGCUUGUUAACUUGUAAGUAUUGUGUACAUAGCAUAGUUCUACAUGUAGGCCAAAUAAGUGGAGGGCUAGAUAAUUUUCUUUUGGAUAACUUGCAACUUACUGGAUAUACCUGUUGAUAAGCCCACUCCCUUAGUUGUCUCUGGCAAAAGCUUGAAAAGUGUGGAACCUGCUCAUAAGCCGACCCAAAUAAAAAAACCCAUUCCAAUAGGAGCAGUGAAGUACUAAAGAAAAUAUUUAAAUUUUUUAAAAUCCAAAUUUUAGUAUUACGAUUAUGUAUAAAAAAGAUGCUCACUUCUUGUGUCUAUCUCAAUUUGUGGUACCGGUAACCAUACUGAACAUCAAAAGUAAAGGACCUUGGCAAUUUACUAUAAAACUUCAUUAUUCAGUGUAAAUACUCUGACUUUGAUACAGUACUCUCUCUAACCACAGACAAUCAAGACUGAAACAAAAUGAGGAUAAAACUUGUGAGCAAAUUUUGAAGCUGGCCUUACUUUGGCUUCCAUUAAUCUUUUUACAAUAAUAGAAUCAAUGUACCUGGAAAUUAUGAUAAAAAUUUGCAAUGACCCGCUCAUAAUCUGACCCUCCCAAUUAUUCCGCUGAAAUAUUUCCAUUUGGCUUAUGAAUGAGUAUAUAACUGUGAUUGUGUAUGGAUGGAAUUUGUUGAAGUUCUAAAUACCUUAUUUACUUUACUAUUGUACUUAGAAGAUACCAGCACAUAGCUGAGGGCAUUAUGCACCCCUUGAAUUUGAUCACAAAAGAAAUUUUUUGAGAUUUAGCUUAUAUUCUAAAUUUAAAUAAUGCUCUUAGAAUCGUUUAUUUCAAUCCAUUAUAAAUUUGACUUUAAAUAAAUGUGGGCUUUUUAUGCUAUAAAAUGUUGGGUAUGUCUGCUCAAAAUUAAUUUUAUAAUUAAUACGUUUAAAUUUUAAAAGUGACAGUAAAAAACAGAUCUAUAAUUUUACAGCUCGGAAUGAUUCCUGGGUUUUUUAAAUUUUAAAAUCUUUUUUUUUUCAGCCUUCUUGUUAUACACCCUCCAGGUUGCCAUGGGUUUUGCUCUUCUCUCCUCCCUGUAUGGUGACUUCAUGCAGGUCAGUAAUAGUUGACCUUAUCCCAUUACUGAUAAAACAUUCACUCACUCAACAAAAUUUACAUCCUGCUAAAAGUGUCACUUGUCAUUUCAUUGGAAAGAUCGCCAAUGGUGUUAGUAUGUGUACAACUUGUUUUUUUUGCUGUUAAACUAGGUGGGUUCCGCGGUGCCCGAGGCCACCACAUCUCAGCAGAGUUGACUGCAAAUUUUAAAACUCCAAUUAGUUAAAGUCAUUAAUUCUUUUUAUUUGCAUCUGGAAAAACUUCAAUCAUGUUAAACUAUAUAUUGCCUAUAUGAGUAUGAGGUAUUGAGUUUAGGUAUUAGCCUCUCAUCGCGUUUGACGUACCAGCCAGUUCUUUCGCUUAAGGCCCAUUUAAAUGACUUGUAGCAUUUACUUCUCGUAGCGCUUGACCUUUAUCAGCUGGUUCUUGCUCUUAUUGCUGCCUAUAGUCUUGAGAUUUGCACAGCGAUGACUAUAAAAUGGUUACAUAGAGUGUAUUGAUUGGUGAUCUUGCUCAGUUUGUGUAUCAUGCAGCGGGUGUUAUAUUCUUGAAGUCAUGGGUUUUUUGCAGCAUCUGGGAUUUCUGCACAAAACAAGUAUUGAUUCAUUCAUGCAUUUUAAAUUUCUCCUCUGCUUGAAGCAUGGCCAAACAGUGAGCAUGAUGCAAACCAAGCUUUUAAAAUUCGAUGGUGUUAACCUUGGACUUAUUAACCAUUAACUUUCUAUCUCCACUGGCAGUUUUUUUUACUCCUAAAAAACAGUUGCCCUUGGGCUAAAGAGUCCAUUUCGUCCAGCUUUGGACCUGGACUAAUCUUGAUUGAUAGACGAUAUAUUAUAUAAUAUUACAGUGUUCUUACAGUUCCAACACCCAGCUUGGACCUGGACUAUUAGAUCUUGGAUGAUAGGCAGAUAAUAUAAUCAUAGUAUUGUUAGUGUGUCAACAAAAUGUAAUGUUAUCUUUGUCUCUGUUUUAUUAAAUAUCGCUUUGGCAAUAUGCCAUUAAAUGGAAAAAUAUACUGUAGUCAAUAAAUUUCCAUUUAUUUGAUUAAGAAAUCGAAUAAGGUAAUUAUAUUUUUGGUUGUAAAAUUAAUGUAAAAAUGCCAGGGUUUACCCAUUCAUGCAUGUAGUCUUAAGUGAUUACAAACAAAUUGCAAUGGAAUAACUCCUGUAGCGUAGCCAGUGGAAGAGCAGGUGUAGCACCUGCUCCCCCUGAGACCAUUUUCUGGUAAUUUCUGAGAACCGUUUAACAAAUUUAUUAAUAAAGUAUUUUAAAGAAAUAAAAAAGUUUCAAUCAAAAUAAUAAAACACUAAACAGCAUUACUAUUUGGUCAUGAUUAAAAAUAAGGAUGGUAUAAUCAGCUUCAGGUCAGGAAACCUAAAUUUCCACUAGCAUCUCCAAUUAAUUAUAGAAUGAAAAACUAAAUUCCAGUACCGGUAUGCACCAAAAUGCAUCCUUGCAUUUUUAAUUUACCCUUCCCCUAUUCAAAGUUAGAGCAUGAGUACCCUCUUAUUUAAAAAAAAAAGUUAAUUUAUAUAUAUAUACCGGUGUAUAUAUAUAUAAUAUAUAUAUAUUGGCUAGGGUGUUUCAAAGAUAAAGCAAUAUAAUCACAAUUCAUUUUACUUUUCGAACAUAUUAUGUAUGUUUUCUUUUGGUCCGGUGUCAAAUUAUUACUACUGGUACAAGUUACAAAUAAGAAAAAUCAGCAGAACCAACAUCUCAUUCAUAGUGUUUUGUCUCCUAAAUGUUGUCUUAUAUGUCUAGUCAUUUCGGAAAAACUAGCUAAUGCAGCAGAACACAGGUCACAUUUGUAAGGUUUCUCUCCGGUAUGUUGUCUUUUGUGUACGGUUAAAUGAGGUCUACUAGAAAAUGAAGCUGAACAAAUUUCGCAUUUGAAGGGUUUCUCUCCAGUAUGUAUUCUUUUGUGUGAAGUUAAAUAUGAAUUCACAGCAAAAGCCGCAGAACAAAUGUCAGAUUUGACCAUACCCCGCACACGCACUCUAUGAUCCAUCACUAAGAGACUAAGACUAUUUAAGACUAAGAGUUAGACUCUUACUAAGACUAAGAAACGGAUAGAGCAACUUAAAAAAGUCAUACGACAUCAGUGUAUUAAGAUUAAGAGGUUACAAAAACAAUAAUAAUAAUCCAAUUGUAUUAAAUAAAAAAUCGCUACAUGCAUUUCAUGAGGGUUAUUUACUUCAAUAUUGCAAGAAGACGAAAGGCUAAUAUUAUUUUAUUGACUUGUGUACCAUAAUCGGAAACUAACGAAAAUACUCUAGUGCUGGCACUCAGAUUCAUUAAAAUUCCCAAGAUUUAAUAAACGAAUUUCCCCAGAUUACCCGAGCUUAUAAAUAUAUUCCUUGAAUCUUCAAGACUUUGUGGCAGGGCAUGCAAAGGAGGAAGGAAGCAUAGGCUCUAUGCCAGUGCUUUCCAAACUUAUUGCUUUGGUGAAAAACUUUUAAGAAAUUUUUUUUUUAAAAGUACGUCACAAAUAAAUGAUUGUGUCAUCAAAAGAAGCCUUCUUCCGCAUACAGUACAAAUAAAGAGUAACAAAAAUACUUAAAAAUUACAAAAAACAAAUAAACACGUACAUGAAUGUUGUUUUUGAGAGGACAGUAAAAGGAAUGUAAUAGUAAUAGACCAUUAGUAGGUAUAAUGGCACAAUUUUUAAAGAAGAUCUGUUAGUUUUUGGCUAAAAGAUUGUGGGGAGGAUAUGUAAGAAUAAAUUUGGGUCUGUCACCAUUGUCACUUGGACUAGACCUGAAGUGAUAUUUUUAACCAAUUGAAAGACCGGUGAAAGUACUGUUUCCGGGUAGGACCUGCAACAGAAAUAGUCAAUCAUCUCAAGGGCUUUGUCCCAAACGUCAUCCUUAGACUGGCAAAGUCAAUGAAGAUGAAGAAAUGGGAGAAGGGGAAAUAGCGUCCUUACAGGAUUUAGGGUGGGAAGAAGAGUAGAGUAAAUAGCUGUGGUUGUUAAGUAAUCAGAAGUAAGUUGGCUGUCUUUGUGAAGGGUGACCGUAAAUGUCCAAAAAAAGUUAAUCUAGAUCUAAGAGACCUGUGAUGUGUAUUUAAUGGAGGGAUAAAAAAAGACCCUACAAAGUUGAUGAAUAGGUCACAUUAGCUCCUCUCCAUAGUGGUGACCCCAAUACAAUCAUCAAUGUACCAUUUGUAAAAUUGAGUGAGGCAUCCUGUGUAUUCUCUCUCCAGCAUGUGUUUGAACUGUCCCAUGAGCAAACAUGUGUAGUUGAAUCCCAUUUUAGUCCCCCAUUGCAACAUCCAUGAUUUGGUUGAAGAAUUGGCCACUAAACUCAAGAGAAUUGAGGGUGAAUACCAAGUCGGCCAUUUAGAGGAGGGUAUUGAUAGGUAUUGAUGGGGCUCGAGAAAGAAAAAGUGUAUAGAGAACGUACGUCAAGCAGAAAUAGAUGUUUCUUCUCAGGAGGGAGGAUAAUGGAUCCAAAAGUUAGUGCCACUAAGGCUGGUCAAGAUUGUUGCCGCCCAAAAUAAAACUUUGCAGUUGGCCAAUAAUCCAGCUCCUAAAUUUAUAGAAAAGAGUGGUUGAAAAAUAAAAGCUUUUAAUUUGUUCUAGCAAUUACAUCUUCACUUUUUAUGGUUAAAUAGAUUAUUUUCAUUGUUCAAAAUUAUUUAUUUAUUUAUUUAAAAUUUGAAUUUAUUAUAAGCUAAACUUUGUAACUAUUUUUCAACUUGGCAUUUGGCAGCAAAAAAUAGUGUUUGUAAUCUUUUUUGUGAAAGAGGUAGUCAACUUAAAAAAAAAACCCACCUCAUCACCUGCUUAUGAUAACCUAUUUAUAAAACUAGAUGUAUUUAUACAUUUGAAUAAUUAUUUUACUUUUUAAAAAAAGUAAAAUUUUCAUUGUCCCUUUAUUUUUAAAAUUAUCUUUAUAGAUCUUUGCAUUUAACACCAUAUUCAUUAAAUCACCAAUCUCUCUUGUAGUAGGCAUAAUAUAAGUGGCAAUUUUAGCUACACUUACAAAUUUAGACUUGCACAGUUGCAAAAGUUUGCCAAUUUUUAAAACUGGUGUAAACAGUUGCAUACCUUGACUAAAUGCUGCCUAAGACAACCUCAGAGAAUUGAAGAUAUCGCACACACAUGAAUUUAAAAAAUUCAGUAUGGCAUUGCUGCAACAACAGUACAUUUCUGUUCAUUUCUAUGUAGUAACAUCUCAGCUUCAGCUCAGAAUGUUCAAUUUACAAAUAACAAACCCAACAUACAUUGGACAUUUCAAUUAUUUUUUUUUUUGCAAUGAAUUGCAUAAGGCAGAAUGCUGAGAUAAUUAUAAGUGGGAAGUAUUGAAAACUCAUCGGUGUCACCUGCUCCAGACACUCCCCAUGGCCUCGCCUGUGUCUGCUUUCUAUGGUGACACCCUACUCUGAUGGCAACAUAUUCUGGUCGCACACUGCUCUUGUAUUUCACUUCGAUUUGUUAUGAAAGGGUCUUAAAUUAGAUUUAUUUUCUCCAUUUUUAUGUUACACAUUCUGCAUUGCUAUUAAGUUUUCUAUGAAAUUUUUCAAACAUUCACUCUGUUUUAAGUAGGGAUUUCAAAGAAAAGGGAAAAAAAUAUUGCAAAAUAUAAUUUUUUUUUCCAGAAGUAAUUUCAACUAAAAUUUAUUUUUAAUAUAUAUUAUUUUUAACAAAUUAGCUUUCCCCACCAAUGUGUAGUUGGGUUGGCUGCCCCCAUUCCUCCAGGAUUGCAACUGCUUAAAUUAUACAUCAGACUACAGAGCCCAAACUAAAUUUCAUUAUUUGGUAUUUAACUUUAAUGAUAAUUUUCGAAUGGUAACCUUGUUAUAUUCUAUAUGUCUAUUACAAUAGACUCUAGUGUUCCUAUUUAAAAUUAAAAGAGAAAAGAGAAAAAAGAGAAAAAAACACCUUUUAAAAUCUGUAAUUUAAAUAAAAUGUUAUUUCUAGGCUGUUGGUGCCUCUGCAAGGAUCUUCACACUGUUAGAUAGAAAGCCUGAUGUCUUUGUGCCACUAAACCCCUUGGUGCUGCCACAUUUGACUGGAGGUGAGGAAAUAAACACUGUUUAUUAAAUUGAUAAAUGUAUUCAAGAUUUUUUUCAAAUGAAAUGUUAGAAAAUUUACACUGUCACAUCCUAAUUUCUUGUUAAAGAUAUUAUUUUAUGAUUUUAAAAUUUAAUUAUUUGAAGGCAACGUCUUAAACAAUGAGAUAUAAUCCUGAAUAGAAAAUUUCUAUUAGUUUUCACUGAAAAACUCUGACACUCAACAAUCAGUGAUAAUUGCACAGAAGUUCAAAAUCAAGGAAGAAAGCAUUUCUGUUUUUUUAAAUAUUAAUCAGCUAUUGUUUGACUGACAAAUAGAAAAGCUAUAGUCUAAAAUAGCGGCUCAUUUAUGAUCUCACAAAGUAUCAUUUUUUUCUCCAUUUAACAAGAAAUAAGUAUUUGCGAGAACCCAGAAGUAAUCAUCAUAUAAUAAAUUAACUAUUUAAAAUUUGAAGAUCAUUACAAACUUUUAAUCACAAAUUUCAAUGUUCAAAGAUAUUUGCAUAGAAUUCUCAACCAGCUAUUCUAAACUUUUUUCUUUGACUUAGAAAUCGAGUUCAAGGAUGUUAAAUUCAAAUAUCCAUCAAGGCCGGAGACAGAAGUAUUGAAGGUAAGAUUUUUCAGAUAAAUAGCAAUUUUUUAAAAUUACAAUUUGUUUAAAAAAUAAAUAUUUUUCAAUUCUAUGCAAUUUUUUAUUUUGUUCUUGCCUAUUUUAAUUUGAAUUCUAAAAUUGUCCAAUAACAGUACAGGGUAUAACAAUAUGAAAAAUCUAAUAACAUACUUAAAAAAUGUCUUUUUAUUCCAACUGCCUUGUUGACAAAUUAUUAGCUGACAAACUGAAUUUAAAUUCUGACCAAAUUAUUGCCUCCUGAAAAUUUAUUGUGCCAUCACCAUUCUAAAAUGUUCUCUCUUAAUAAUCUUGGUGGUAAGUCAAGUAUUUAGUGCUCAAAACAUAAACUUCUUAAGAAGGUUGCUCAUGAUACAUCUACAGUUUCACAGUUUAAAAAUAUAAGCAAAUUAAACCCCUGAAUUUUGAUAUGAAAAGAACACAAAAUGUUAUGGACAAUCUACAGCCUGCGGGCCACUGAAAUAUUUAAAGAGGCUCACAAAUCCUUCUGGCAACUGGAUACUGUUGUCGUAAAUGUAAAAAUUGUAAAUGAUUAUAAUUAUAUAAAAAAAAGCCUUGGAAAAUUAAUAUCUGUAUAAAAUUCAUCAAAGUGAAAUUGUACGGGUAGUAAUAAUAUUCACAAAAAAUUUACAAAUUAUUCCACUGCUUAUUUUCAUACUGAGCUUUAAGUGAAUUUUUCAACCCCAUCUUUAAUGACAUUUAUUAAAAGUAGACCCAAAUUUCUCUGAUAAUUCUGGCUGAGCAAACAAGCCCAGUGAUUUUCAAAGUCUUUGAAUAACAGCGCAAAAUUAAUAAUUUUAUAAAUAUUUAUACGGUAUAUAUAUUAGUCUAUAUAUAAAUAUAUUUAUUUUCUGGCAUCUAUCCGUAAAAAUGUGAUGAUGGUGUAGACUUCGCAGGACCAAAUCCACAAGGCCUGGGAUUAUUAUUUUUUUUAAUAUGAUUAUAGGCUAGUUCUCAUAUAUUAAUAUAUAUAUAUAUAUAUAUANUAUAUAUGCAUCUAUAUAUAUUGUAUUUUGAUCCAAGCUGUCACAAAUUGUUUUCUUACUUCAAAAUUUUUCAUAUUUUUAAUCUCAUUAUCAUUUUAAAAUUAUAUAUAUCGGUAAUGAAAAAAAAUAAUAUACCCAGUUUUAUUGAUAAUAAUAAAAUAGUAAAAUCAUACAAAUAUUAAGGAAUUAGUAUUCUAAACAAAGUUUUUAAUAAUGUUAUCUGCUUUCUAGAUGUUAAGUAUUUUUCUAUAGUUGUUUAAACAUUCUACCAAAUUUUCCAGGGCGUGUCAUUCAGGGUAGAGCGAGGUCAAAUGGUGGCUUUGGUUGGACCUUCUGGUGGGGGCAAAUCUACGAUUGUCAACCUCAUUGAGAGAUUUUACGACCCCAACGAGGGAACCAUUGCAAUGGGUUGGUGUAAUUUUCUACAAAAUUCGUUUUGCUUAUAUAAAACUGUAUGAUGUUAAAGGCUUUCUUCAUUAUAAAUAAUAUUUAGGUUUCAAAAAUGUGUACACAAUUUAAUAAGUAUUACUCUAUAUACCAUCUAUGGUGGUUUUAAAAGUUUUAUUAAAACAUGCUUUGAUGUGUUCUGGUAUGUGCAAAGGACAUUUUAAAUUUGAGUUUAUAUAAGUUUAAUGAAAGAAGGAUUGCUCUCCUGUUAAAUGAUUAAAAUAAUAAGAUUUUAUCAAACCAAUUCUCUGCUCCAGAUGGUUGUGACUUAAAACUGCUGGACCUCACAUGGUUCAGACAGAAGAUUGCCAUGGUCAGUCAGGAACCAACAUUAUUUGCCUGUUCCAUUAAAGAUAAUAUUGCCUAUGGCCGUGAAGCCACUGAUGAAGAGGUAAUGAACAUGUUAGUAUUUUGAAACAGUUCAUUGUAAAAUGCAUUUUAAUAUUUAAAUACCAAUAAUUGUAUUUAUUGGGAUCAUUUAAAAAAAAUAUAUAAUUUAUAAAAUUUUUAAAUUAAUUAGAUGAAAGAAAUAAUAGUAUCUAUACAUUGUUUCUCAGAAUUUUUCUGUCCACACAUAGCACUAUAAAACUAUAAAAAUGAUUUUUAAAUAUUUGAAAAUGGUUCCCACCUAGCCCUGCUUUUUAAAAUGUAGUUAUAUAGUCAUUACGGUAUAAAUUAAUUUCUAAGUAAAGUUACCAUAUGGGUGGUUCAUGCUUUGAUUUGUGCAGUAGCAUUUUGGUCUUAAACACUCAAUUCACAUUGUAUCAAAUUUUUUACGUUUUGAAGAAUUUUUUCAACAAUAAAAGAAAUGGCUUCAAUAAAAAAAAUAAUUCAUAUAUUACUGGUCUUCUUGCUUGUUUAACCAGUAAAGAGGUGUUCAAGAUUGACGUCUGUGACUCAGGCUGAAAAUAAUUCGAUGUAAAACUGCAUCUUGAUUUCAUAAAUGCUUUUAAAGAGUUCUUUUGUCUUGUUAGGUGAUUGAGGCAGCCAAACAAGCAAAUGCCCAUGAGUUUGUGUCUGAGUUUGAAAUGGGCUAUGACACUCUGGUGGGUGAGCGAGGUGUGAGGUUGUCGGGAGGUCAGAAGCAGAGGAUUGCCAUUGCCAGGGCCCUCAUCAUGGACCCCACUCUUCUAUUACUGGAUGAGGUAAGUCUGGCUUAGCGCUCCUAUCAUGAUAGAGUUGUUUUUUUUUCAUGUCAUAAAUAAUAAACAGACCUGACAGAAACAUUUUUGGUACCCAGAUACCUUUCAUAAAUACUUGACUCACUUAUAUAAAUGACAGCCAAGUUGGCCUUGGAAAAAUUUCCCUUCAUGUCUUAGCACAAAGUCUCUCUUUGAAGAUCCGUUUUUGUUUGUUUUUUUUUUACAAAGUUUUACCUCAAUUGUAUUUGAAGAAGAACAUCCAGUUUAUAACCCUAAUAUCCAGAUGCUGAUUUCAUCCUGUACAGUAUUAGAUAAGAUAAUGCAUAAAAAUUAUGAAUAAGUUGUUAAAUUGAGAAGUUUUUUUGAAUUCAUAUUUUUAGGAGACAUACCAUAUAAAAGGAUGCACAAAAAAAACAACACAAAAAAAAACCCAUUCAUAAAAAAUUGUGAACAUUAAUUGUCAAAUGUAUGAUUUUUAACUUGAUAUAAAUUGAUUAUGAUGAAUGACCUUAACCUUACCUUGAACAGGCGACCAGUGCUUUGGAUGCAGAGAGUGAACAUUUGGUACAGGAAGCUGUGGACAGGGCUAUGAUGGGUCGAACUGUUAUUGUGAUAGCACAUAGACUUUCAACAGUUAGAAAUGCUGAUAAGGUAAGUGUCAUAGCACACAGAAUUACCACAGUUAGAAAUACUGAUAUUGUAAGUUUCAUUGUCAUAGCACACAGACUUUCCACGGUUAGAAAUAUUGAUAAGGUAAGUGUCAUUGUCAUAUCACACAUGCUCUCCACAGUUAGAAAUACUAUUAUUAUUAUUACAGUGGUCUUAUAUAGUGCAGUACCCCAGCCCAGGGAUGGGCUCACCGCACUUCACAUAAAAAUUUGCAAAAAUAAACAUGAUGUUAAAAUUAAAAAAAACAGUUACAUAAAUUAAUUUAUUUUAAAAAAAAAAACAGCUUUGUAAAAAUACUGAUACGGUAAGUGACAAUUGCCUUUCAUCUUUUAACUAAAAUCAUUACCAAGUUCAACUCAUCACAAUAUUCUGACAUUCUAGCUCAUUAAAAAAACUUAUAUCUUUGACUACCAGACUUCAUCUUGACAUAAUUGUAAUUUCUGAACAGAAUAUGUGCUUGAAAUACUAUAAACAGGGUCAGAUCAAGGAAUAAGUGAAAAGAGAUGGCCACCUUGGGCAUUUAUUGUACAAAGCCAAGCCUAUCUAUUCCUUUUUUCUUCUCUAAACGUUGGUGAUUGGGAUGCAUAUUCUCAAAUAUUUUUCUGACUAGAUUCACUACAGUACUGUUUCUAUUUUUAUAUUUUAAUUUGUGUUUUUUAGGUGGUUGUGAUAGACAAAGGUCAAAUAGCAGAGAUGGGGACACACAAUGAGCUUCUGGCCACACAUGGUGUUUACAAAAAAUUGGUGCUCAGACAACUCGCCGCAGGCUACACUGGUGAUGCCAAAGACCAGCUUCCCAGACAUGUGAAAGAAAGUGAAGUAGACAAGCCUAGAAAAUUAAACACCAAUAUGAAUGGUAACAGCUCCUAUGUAAAUGAAGGCUUGCUCCCUGAUGAAAUUGAUGAUAGUGAUGAUAGUGAUGAUGGUGAAGAUGAUAACGAUCUCAUACAGUUGAACUAAAACUGAGUCCAAUUGUAGAGUGAGCAAGAAAUCAUUCUCGUUACAACAAAUGAAUAGGGCUCAGAGAAUAUGAUCAAUAGUUUUAAAACCAUUGUAAAACCAUUGCCAGACAGCCUGGGUAUAUAAUAGGUUAAAACAACUUAUUACAGUAAUUGGAAAAAAUCAAUAUGGCAGUAAAACAAAAUGAAAGGAGAAUUGAAAAAUAAAACUUCAAGUGUAGCAUAUCAUAUACUAUUAAUUAAAAGAAAUUCACGGAAAGAGAGUAUCAAUAGCAUUAACAAAAUUUACCAUUUACCCCUAAAUACCAUUACAAACUUUCAGUGAUUCAAUUAAGUUUGCAUAAAAAUAAAGAUUGAAGGUAAACUAAUUACAAUAGGUAAACAGAAAACAAAUAACUUCUUUUUACCUCUAGCUCAAACAUCAGCUGAGGGUCUGUAAAAGUCUGGGUCUGUAAAAGUCUGCUUUGAAAACUGACAUUUAAAUGUAACUCAGCAGGAAAAACAAUUAAAUAUUGGAGAGGGGAGGGGGGGGGAGGUCUCCCUUUCAGUUUAAUCCUCUUGUACUUGCAGAAAACACUGUUUUAAAGAAAAACAAUAGGAUUUUAAAGGCAUAUCCAUUGUUACUGGUGAUUAAAGUUCUCGUCUCAGCUCUAUAGAAAAUAAAAUAGUUAGCCUGUGUUUUAAAGACUAGUUCAUAAAUAUAUCAUCAAUAUAUGACAUGUUGAUCAGCACAAAGUAAAUUUUGUAGUUAUGUCAACUUUGACUUUGGAGUCAGAGUACAUUUGUAAGGCAAUGUGAAGUUUACACUUUUGAACUCUAGAUCAAGUUUAUUGGACAAAUAAAAGGAAGUUUCAUAUUGCAGAUGACAAAAUAAUGUGUACAUGACAGGAUAAGAUCAAAUUAUAUAAAUUAUAUAUGAUUUGUACUGUUCCUUUACUUUCUUUACAAUCCACUUCUGUCUACUAAUCUGCAAUGAGAUAUAGUUCAAUGAUCAUUUUUAAAUUACUUAAAUUACAGAAAGCUGUAGGUUUUCACUCGAAAUCAAUCCCAAUGUAAAUUUGUACUGUGUACAUAAAACCUUUUUCUUUUGUUUAUAAAAGGUUUUUCACUAAAAAUAAAUAUUGUCUUUGGUUAUUAUGAGCUUUGUAGAAAACAUUGUAAAGAAUCACCAAUCAAAUUACCUAAUUUUAAAAAUCUUUCAUUGUAGGUUACUGAAACAAUAUAUUUAUAAUAUUAGUGUUCUUUUUUUUUUUGAAGGAUAUUAUUUUUUUACACAAUGUUAAACUUUUUAAAGGGUGACUCCCAGUCUCAUGGAAGCAAAUCAUCUUCACCCUAGGUAUUUUAGUUUAAGCAAUGAUUUUAAUCUGCUUUUUUAUUUACAUGAAACCCUUUCAACACCACAGUUCUGUGGUAAUUCUUGAUAAUAAAUUAUUGGAGAUGUGGAAAUAGUUGUAAUUAAUAAAAGAAAGACACAAACUAAUUAGUACCAUUAGUAAUAUGAAUAUAGCUUAAUUGUAAAUCUAUUUUAUAAUAAAUUAAAAUAAUAUAUAAUUGUGAUUAUAUCUACCGGUAUAUAUAAGUAUAUCACUCAUAAAAACAGCCCAAAAUAUUGUCAAAAAUAUUAAGUGUUGUUUAUAAUUUUUAAAUUUGAUCUCUAUUGUUUGUUGAAUCAUUUCAUAUUCUUUGCUAAUUUUAUUUUUAACUAAUAUUUCAUUUUUGUUGUUCAGGUUAGUUAUAUAAAAUAUAAAUAUGUUUGUUGUUGGAUACAAUUUUUGUUGUUCUAUCUUACCUAGCCAGCGAGGUAGAGGUAUGAUAUUCUCUAAUACUCAUUCACAGAGAUGUGGAAAAAGUUCAAAGAGUCUCAAUCCACAUUUCUCGUUGUUUAUAUAAGGCAUGUAAUAUAGCAUAGGCUUUCUUUACCGUUUUAUUAUAUUUCAAUGUUUUGUUUUCUGUAUGGUACAGUACAGUACCGGUACUUUCAUACUUUUUCCUUACAUAUUUCAUGGUAAUUAAAGUUGUUUUUUUUUUAUAUUU